UGGGAGAGGGGAGGGCAGCCGCGACUCGGCAGGGCGCGGCGCGUGGACACCCGGAUGGCGAGGCCGGGGGACGCGGGUUUGCAACCUAGGCUGGAGGACAGGAUCCAGAGAGGUGGCCGCGCCGCCCCGCCCCGCUGGGUGUCAACGAGGAGCGACGGGAGGGCCCGAGUGGCCUGCACGUGGUCCGGCUCAAAACCAGGCACCGACGGCUCCCGACCCAGGCCGCGGGAAAGAGACGCUCCGGAGUGACUGUCCCACUUCACUGCCACCGAAGCGGACGGUGACUCCGCUUAGCGCUGGACUUCGCCACGCGUCCUUGGAGCCAACUUCACCGGCUGUCCACUUGAAAGACGAAGAUCAGAACAAGAACCCUCGCUCGCCGUGCCUUCCUGGGGCCCCCAGACGGGGAACUACGUAGACAGGAACCUUAGAGCCGCGGUCAGCGGAGAGGAGGGCUGCGGGGUAGCGGACCGGAAACCGGCGUCUCCUCCCCGCCCCCCCGAACCAGCUUCCGCCCGCCUGCUGCCGCUCUGGCCUUUUAAGGCAGGCAGACCGCGGCACAGCCGGGGGAAGGCUUGUGCGCUUGCGCAGCACGGGUUGUCUCCGGGAAGCGUGAGUAUCCACGUGGAGGCCCCGCAGGUCGGCCUGGCGGCCUCUGUGUGCCACAGCCUCCUCCCUCCCGCCACCUAGGGAUCCCAAAGGAGUCCCGUUCUCAGCCGUGGCAGGUUCGCGGGACUUUUUUCGUGGGCUCGAGGAAGGCCCGUCUGUGGCCCCGAGGUGGCAGGAGGGACGGGGAGUCCGCCGCGGCGCUCUCUUGACCCACGCGUUGUCCACCAGUAUUGCCGAUUACCGGUCUCAAGGGUGACUCUACUCCGCCAUAACUUGCCAUCUAGGGUCAAAGGCAGGGCGAACCGUUAAGAUUCAGCUUAAGAGUACCUUCGGCUCCAUUGUCCCAGCUGAACGUGGGCGUGUAGCAGGAGAAUCACAAAGAAAAUCACCAUCACCACCAAAAAACAAAACCCGGGAGCUGCUGUCCACUCGUGUCCAGACAGGUCUCAAGAGAGAGCUAGACUCAGAAGAAAUGGCCUUGGUACCUUAUGAGGAGAACUCAGAAAUAGGGCUCCAGAAAUUCCAUAAACCCCUCACCACCUUCUCUUUUGCAAACCACACCAUCCAGAUCCGUCAGGACUGGAGGCAACUGGGAGUCGCAGCAGUGGUUUGGGAUGCGGCCAUCGUUCUUUCCACGUAUCUGGAGAUGGGUGCUGUGGAGCUCAGGGGCUGCUCUGCUGUGGAGCUGGGUGCUGGCACAGGGCUGGUGGGCAUAGUGGCUGCCUUGCUGGGUGCUCAUGUGACUAUCACGGACCGAAAAGUAACAUUAGAAUUUCUUAAGUCAAAUGUUGAAGCAAACUUACCUCUCCAUAUCCAACCCAAAGUUGUUAUUAAGGAACUGACUUGGGGACAAAAUUUGGAGAGUUUUUCGCCUGGAGAAUUUGAUCUCAUACUCGGAGCUGAUGUUAUAUACUUGGAAGAUACCUUCACAGAUCUUCUUCGAACACUGGAGCAUCUCUGUAGCAACCACUCCGUGAUUCUUUUAGCUUGCCGAAUUCGCUAUGAACGGGAUAGUAACUUCUUAACGAUGCUGGAGAGGCAAUUUACUGUGAGUAAGGUUCACUACGAUCCUGAGAGGGAUGUGCACAUUUACAAAGCACAGAAGAGAAACCAGAGGGAGGACUUGUAGUGGCAUUAUUUUCUAACUCAGUGUGUCAGUUAAGGUCGCACAGCUAGAACUCUAACCAUGUUAAUGGCAUGGCAGACUGCAAGGCCGUUCAACCAGAGCUGCUCAAGGAACAAAGCACACGUGUGCUUUGCAGACAGAUUCAUGCCUUGUCCCAUUGCUGUAAAUGCCAGUCAUGAUUCACUCACUGCUGAGCAAUAAAUGUGCAAGUUUGGCUAAUGUUCUUUCCUUACUUUGUGUGCCUGCUUUGUAAGCAGUUUCCACUGAUGAGCUGAUAGAGUGGUGUAAGUGUCUUUAAACUGGUGAGAGUCAGUCAUGCAUUCUGGGCUAUAUAGUUUGUCUUUAUUUCCUUGUCUGCUGUGUGUUUUACUACAUGUGUUCCCUGAAAUGCUUGUGCUGUUGGAGUCUCUUGCUUUUUGUGAGGUAAAGCCUUACCAUAGCCCCAGCUGGAUCUGAAACUGUAUAGACCAGGCGGACCUCAAGCUGACUUCAAUUCUCUCUGCUCCGAGUGCUGGGAUUGCAGGUGUGUGCCAUGCCACCUGACUUACCAUUUAAUUUGUAAGAUGAGGGUGAGUUUUGCGGGUCUCAUACUUUUUUAUACCAGAUUUCAAGAGUAAGUAUAUAAGCAAAGUAUAUGUAUGUAUGUAUGUAGAUAAGUAUAAAGUAUACAAGCAAAAUAAAAAUUUUACAUUUGAAAUUACCUAAA